AUGUAAAAAAAAAUACUUAUAUACUAUAUUACUUACUUAUAUAAAUAAUAAAAUACAAGUGUUAAGUUAUCUAAAAUGAGUGUUUCAUAUUAAAUUUCUAAAUAGUUUUAAAAUGUAUCAACAUUAUACUGUUGAUGUAGAAACAUGCCGUUGCAUAUCAUAGCCAGUUAAUUAUAAUCUCGACAUUAGUCGCUAUCUGUUAAACGAAGCACUGUUCUAAAUGAUCAUCAGAAAGUAUAGCUUGAUACAUAUUCAGCUUUUAUAACUUUCAUGUGAUAAAAUUCCAUUUCACACCAACCAAAAUAUGCAUUUAAUAACUGUAUCUACUAAAUGACAAAUGUAUAACAAUAGUUAAUAAAUUCUUACAAGAGGUAUUGACUUGGAAAUUGUCCAAGAUUGAUUAGUUGAUUGCGAUCGACUGUUUGGCCACCCCUGGGAUACAUUAUUUAUUCAAUAAAAUUGAAUAAAACAAUUGAUUAUAUUGUUUGUGUACUUAUGAGGUACUACAGAUUUUUAUGGUGGUGGGAUAAUCACAAUUUAAAAAAUAAAUUAAGAUUUUUUUAUAUAAAUAAAGCUCUUAACUUUAAUAUAAUAUAAUAUGUUUAAAAUGUACAAAUUAUACAUUAUUAUGUUAAUAUAAAUGUUUGGGCAAACAUAAUUAAAUUCAGGGGACAAAUGCAUUGUCUUGACACUAAAAUGUCUCAUGGAUCAAUAGUGAGAAAAAAGUUCCCUAAAUAGGCCCAUGAUAGGUCCAUUAAAUUUUAUUGAACCAAUAAAUUAAUACAUUUUUCUUGAAACCCCUGUCAGUAUUUCUAAUUUAUACUGAAAAGACUUACACAUUUUUAAACAAAAGAAUAAUUUUUUGAUAAUAGAAUAUAAUAGAAUAUUAAGGCAAAAUUUGGUUAACAUUUUCGGUACCUAUUGCAAACUUUUUUAUGUUAGAAUGGAUAUUUAAUUGCUCAAAUAUCAAUCCGCUGAUACAACAAUAUUUGUAUAAAGGGGUAAUUUAUUUUACAAAAAAUUGUCAAUAAAAUAUUGUUGAACUUGUUCAAGUGCCAUAAGUCCCCAGCUGGCGAGCCCUGCUAAUAUCUAAUCCUAAAAAAUAAUACUUCAAUAACAAAAAUAUUAUAAAACAUACUUAGUAAUAUUAUUAUAGGCAAUCGUUUUUCGUGUUAUAAAUCAUUGAAUUAAAAUUUAACCCAUCCGUUAGCGACUCCUCUAUACUCUAUUCAGCGAAAUAACACAGCAGCUCGGUACUCACAACCCACUUGCCCGAGUAUUGGCAAAUGAUACACUUGCAACACUCUAAUUACGGCAUUGCAUAAUAUGUUGGUUUGUGUUUUUUUUUUCAUAAUGCCAAACAUAAAGAUCAAUAAAACAAACAUAAUAUUGUUGAACAAUUUUUUUUUUAAAUGUGGACAAGUGGGUACCGCUUUGCUAGUUGUGUGGCUGUGUGCGUUACUGUAAUAGAUGUGUUAAAUUUGAAUUUAAUUUAAAAAAAAAAUCUAUGUAUGCAGUAAUUUUUUUUAGAGUUCUACCAAAAACCAAAAUCGAUUUUCCGUAAAAAUUCCAGGUUUUCCUUUUUGUAAAUUCUCUUUAUGUAUAUUAAGAGGACUGCGUGAUACCCGCGUGUGUUGUCCCGUCUCACAAGUGCGUAAAAUAGAAAAUAUUUCGCUCAGCAGAACACAGCUCCGUUAGUUUAAAAAUUAGAGUGAAUCGACCUCUUAUUAAAUCUAAAGGUAAGAUUAUUAUCUAGGCAACCUCAUGGGCUUUAGUCUUAAAAUAUAAUAAAAAGCCCACGAGGUUGCAUAAAUAAUAAUCUUACCUUUAGAUUUAAUGAAAGGUCGAUGCUCUCUAAUUUUUAAAUUAACGGAGCUACACGGCCUACACGUGUUCUGCAGCUGAGCGUAAUAUUUGUGAUGUUACGCACUUGGAACUUGGAAGACGGGACGACACACACGGAUCACGUAGUCCUCUCAAUAUAUACAUAUUUAUUAUUUAAUAACUACCUAACCCAAUUACUAAUCCAGACUAUUGACUAAUAUUAGUGUUAUCAAUUUAUCAUUUAUCUAAUUAACUAUAGGUACAUUCAAACUCCAAAAAUUAUUAUUUCUAAAAAUAGAAAUUACGAAAUGUACAUUAAAUGUAUUAAUAAGUGUAGGUGCCAUUCUAAAAAAAAAAUAGUUACAGUAUAUUAUUGUCGAAUUUGCUGCUGUGGGUACCUUAGUCACUAAUUAUUGAAAACAAUUAACAUAAAAACAAAUAUUUUAUUGUAUUAUAUUUUGUAUGCUGUAUCAAAAAUUAUUAUUCUGUACAUACUAAAUACAAAUAUGUCAUGUAUAUUAACAUUAAACACUAUUGGUGGGUACCAAACAGGAAACAGGAAAUCCGAUAGCAGAUGGUAGUUGGGCAGUAAAUUACUACCUACCUAUUGUGUUACCUGCAGUUACAGGUGACAGGUGAAUUCAUUCGUGCGUUGACUCUUGAGUGUUUGGAUGUGUAAUACUAAACUAUAAUAUUAGUUUUCGAAUAUACUCGUGUUUUCUAGUUUCGAUGCAAAUGCUUGAUGUUUCGUACCGUGCGCACAACGACGUUUCGAGUGUCUUUUAAAUUAUAAUUAUUACUUUCAAAACCAAUUUUACCCAUUAAUAUAGUAGGUAUAGUAUUGUUGAUUAUACAUUAUUUUUUCGUUUACCGUCCGUGAUGGACGAAGACAUAAGAUACCAACGCCUUCCCCAAUCGUUCUCGGUUAGGGAACUCGGGUCUUCCGAAGCAAGGGGCUUAUGGGGAAUCAAACACACGCGGAAACCAGUCGAUUUGAUGGUAGCAAAAGCUAAAAGUUCGUCAACACCCUUACAGCCACAAGUCGAACUACGAAUCACGGAAGACGGAUGUGAAAUUAUCGGAGACAAGUUUAAAAAAGUUUUUCCCAUUCACACAGUUUCUUAUGGGGUUCAAGAUUUGGUUUACACAAGAGUUUUCUGCAUGAUAGUCGUUAAAGAACAAAUGAGUGCGGACAGAAAACCAUUUGAUUGUGUGGCGUUCGUCUGUGAGAGUCGUCAAGCUGCAAGAAAUUUGACUUAUACAUUAGCUACAGCGUUUCAAGUAGGCAUAUAGCAGGAAAGUACGUAGUACUGGAACAUCUAAAUCUCGCUUUGCCAUUGAUUUAAGAACUGCUGAUGAACUAGAAAUGGAUCUUAGAAAAGUUGACUCUGAGGCAUAAUAUUGUUGUAUUGAUCGUUUUAUUUUAGACUUAUGUGAUUAUUUAAUCAUGUUUAAUUUAUAGAUGUUUAAUGUUUAUGGAUUGUAUAAAUUGUAAUAUUAUUUUAAAUAAAAUGUUUUGAUAGUUGAUAUGUUAUGAAUUUUAAACUCAAGAUUUUAUCGGGGAUUUUCUAGUACUUAUUAUUUAUUAAUAUUAAUAUUAAACAUAAUUACAAAUAUAAUUGUCGUAUUUAUAAAUUGUAAAUCAAUAGUAUUAUAGAAAAAAACAUUUUUUAAACUUGAUAUUUUAUAAUGUUAUAUUUUAGUGGUUGUUGGUAAUAUUAUUUAUAUUCGUAAAUAUUUUUUCUAUAAUUGUUACCUACAUUGGUAUUUAAUAUUAUAUUAUAUUUAAUACACUCAAUACCAAAUUACAUUAUUACUAUUAAUUAAAUGAAUUAAAACCUACAAAAAUCUAUUAUGUUCAAUAAUUUUAACUGAAGAGUUAAAACUUAAUUUAUUUAUGUAAUGUUAAGUAUUAUUGUGCUAUAGUAAAAAUAUAUCUCACAAAUACUGUAAUACAUCAAUGGCUCUCAACCAUUUUAUGGUCUAAGUCUGAUACCCUUUAUAAUAGCAUAGUUCUGUCAGGGUCUCUAACACUUAUAUUUAUGAUUACAAAUAUGUAAAGAUAUUUUUAAUAAAAUAUUUUUGUCAGUUUGGUUAAACAAUAAAAAUAAUUUAAGAAUCAA